CGCACUCAUCAAGUUCUCAAAUUCAAAGCAUUUGUACCUAGCCAACACCCAGCAGUAGCCAUGGUGGAGAUCUUUAGGACGUACGUCGAGAAAUCUGAUCCUGAUCGUGACGAUAAGAUAUUGAAGCUUUCCGGUGAUAAUAAGGAACAACUUCCGACUGAUGAUCAUCAGUUCGAUGUGAGAGAUAUAAAGGAUAAUACAUGGAGAUGUAGCCGCAGGAAACGGCACGGUGGUCAGUACUAUCUCCAUGUUGAUGGAUGGAGUCGUUUUGUGAGCACAUUAGGCAUUAAACGUCGUAGCACGAUCGUGCUUCGCAAAAAUGGUGAUUACGAAUUUGAAGUCCAAAAUAAUUGAUAAAGUGGUUGUUCAUAUUUUUAUACAUUCUUUGAAGUAUUCUCUAGUUAAGUGUCCUUUUUAGAAUAAAAAAUGUUUUUUUCA